GUGUUAACUUAUGACUGAAUAAAAAAACAUUCCGGGUGUUCAGCUAAGUGCCAAAAGGACAAAUAACUUAGUAGCAGAAAAAAAAUGCCCAUAUUUGCCCGUCAGACAAAGGGCAUGUGAAGUAACAAGUGCACACACCCGUCAGCAAGUCACUAGUGAAGGUGUGAUGUCCGAGCCUCUUUCUGCGCAACUCUAAAUCAAAUCUCAAACCUUAACUACUGGAUACAUGUAGUGUUUCCCCCAUAAUCAAAAUGUGUGGCCACUAAACGAGACUUCGAUGUAGUUGUCUGUGCUCUGAAGUUCAUGGGACCUGCUCGCACAGAGACUGACAGUGGUUUCGUCCAUAGUGUAUGAGGUUAGGGAGUCUGUUCUCUGCUCUGGAGACGGAGAAUGAUGACAGCCUCUGAAGCUCUUCGUCGCCUCUUACGGACGUGUAAUAAUCGUGUCUAUUCUCUGUGAACUAAAAGAAACACUCACACACACACAUAUAAAACAAAAAUCUUGAGUGUUCUUUCGUGUAUUUGAAAACAGUACAAAAGUUGACGUCACGUGGUCGGUAGAGGCGCCAACUAGCCCGCUAAGAAGACGUCCACUUUUGUUAUCCACGAGGAGGACGAUAGCAGAUAUAUCAAAACCACCACCACCACCACCACCACACCACCACCACCACCACCACCAAGAGAGGGCGCCCCUGAGAAGCAGCACAAGGGCGAUGUUCCCUUACUCGACCUGCAUGUGCUUCAAGUCAAGGGACAAGAAGAACCGAGGAUGGAGAUGCUUCCUGCCGUCCGACACUCAGGGAAGGGAAGGCACCGCAUUGGAUCGCACGUCCCAGAAUGGUCUAGUGGUACGGAUGUUAGGUGAUGUGAAAGGCAGCACCACCGUGGAAACGUCCCUCACGGCGAGCGUCGGACCCUCACGAUCGACUGAUGCCUGGGACACAUCCGAGGACGCCUCCAAGACCGACUCCAAACCAACGACCACGCUUAUCAUGAACUACAGCCUCGGGGAGAUGAGCCUGGAUGAGACGGAGCAGCGGCUACCGGGAGGCGUCGGGCGUUAUCCUUACUUCAGGUUUAUGACCCUUCACCGCCGCCGCCGCCGAAAGAACCCCACGCGCCAUCUUGAAAAAAAGCAUCAGGUGCUCCUCGACGACCUAUACAACGGCCUCACUCAGAACAUAUUGUCUCAAGUGGGAGUGUGGUGCUUCAACGCCUUCACCCUGAACAGCGUGUGUGGGGGAAGGCCGGUGUCCGUUCUGUGUGUCUACCUCCUGCAUAAAUAUGGAUUGAUACACCAUUUCAAGUUCGACACCGUGACAGUGUGGAAAUGCUUUAGUCUGAUUGAAGAUGGGUACCAUGCUUCAAAUCCUUACCACAAUGCCAUUCAUGCUGCAGAUGUCACACAGGCAAUGCAUUGUUACUUGCAGGAAAAAAAGAUCUACCAACACUUGACUCCACUGGAGAAGCUGGCUGCUCUUGUUGCUGCUGUCUGCCACGACCUGGACCACCCAGGGGUCAACCAACCAUUCCUCAUCGCCACGGACAACCAUCUGGCAGCAUUAUAUAAAAAUUUCAGCGUACUUGAGAAUCAUCAUUGGAGAUGUGCCAUGGGGUGUCUGUGGGAGUCAGGUCUGCUGGAUUCUUGGGCAGCAGAUGAUGUGGCUUCCCUCCAGGACAUGCUGAGGUCCCUCAUUUUAGCCACUGACAUCACACGUCAGCAGGAGUUUCUUACAAGGUUUAAACUAUACCUGGACCGUGGAACUUUUGACAUGAAGGAACCUGAGCAUCGUCACUUUUCUCUCCAAAUUGCCUUGAAGUGUGCUGAUAUUUGCAACCCAUGUCGGCCAUGGGAGGUGUCAAAGCAGUGGUCAUACAAGAUAUGUGAUGAGUUUUAUCGUCAAGGAGACUAUGAACGACAGCUGAACCUCCCUGUAACCCUGCUGUGUGAUAGCAAGAAGAUGUCUGUGGCCAGAAUUCAAACAGACUUCAUCAAAUAUGUGGUAGCUCCACUUUUUGAUGUUUGGGACCGGUGGCUGAAAACAACUUUGUCGAAUUCCAUGGUUGCCAACUUGAAUGAAAAUUUGAAGAAAUGGGAAGAGAGGUUGCCUAAAAAGAUUCUUGAGGAAGGCACCUGUCAGUCACCUGUUCCUUCAGAGUCUCCGGAGAACCCCGUGGAAAGUACUCAAGAAGAUCUUGAUGAGGCUGAUGGUGGAACAUCACCCAGCAGUAGUGGGGAUAGUCAUCAGUCUGUGCUUGGCUCUCUAGAAAAUGUAUCUCGUUCACUUCAGCUUGGCAGGAGACAUUCAGUUCCUCUUAAUAUGCCACGCUUUCUUCCACGCACAAUCAUAAGGAGGGAGAGUCUACCUGAAAAUGGAAAUGACCAUGUUGUGAUAGAGACUGUGACAAUGGCAGGAAUGUCUUUAACAUCACUAUCUUCUCAGCCUACUGAAGUUAACUCUACAUUGACUCCUGAUGCCCUUCUGCCUGAGCCUUCUGUCACUGCCAUGGGUGGUGUGGGCAUUGGAGUGCCACGUCUAGCUACCCGAUUUGUUCGAAGAAAGUCCCUUCCUCCCCUUUGGCUCAAACAGACAAGGACUAGAACCUCACACGUGCUGCAACCCUUGUCACCCACACCAAGUGAAGAUGUUCCAUCUCAACAAGCAACUCAGGAAAACUCUCCACAAGAUAGUGAUAAUAAGAAAAGACUGGUGGCAGUAGGUAGUGGUGGUUCUGUUUCCUCUGGUGGAAAUAAUGGUAGUGGUUGUAGUGGAACUGGAGGUUGUGAUCAACGUGAAAGUAGUGUUGACACUGUUGACCCAACAGAACAAAUGCACCAUCCCGUGAGUAGUGAUAAGUUGACGUCAACUCAAGACAUUGGUGUUCACAAUAGGAAAAAUGUUUCUAAUCAUCAAGGUGCUGCAACAUUCCUUCAUUCUGACAUUUUGGAUAAUUAUCCCUACAGACCUUUCAUUGGAAGGGGCUUAGUGCGGCGUGCUUCUUUAGACAGUACAAGUAUUAAUAGUAAGCGAGAAAUCUUGGAUCGCUUGGUGCACGAAGGCAAUAAAUUUCCUUGUGUGGACCGAACUAAUAGUGAAUUAGAUAAAGAGAAUCUAGUGCCAAGAGAAACACCAACAUACCAAGAACAGCAACACCCAAUACAUGCCUGGAAAACACGUGCUUGGCGGAGUCUUAACUAUGAUGAUGAAAAUACGUGUGACCCACGUGAAAAACUGAUGAAACCAGGUAUAUACAGGCUCAAUCAUUCUCAGGGAAGUCUACAUGCACAUGGGCGCCGAGGGUCAGCACCACUGCUGCGGCCGGAUGAGCUGUUGGGUGGUCUACGAGGGGGAGCCGAGAGGCCUGAUUAUCACUAUCUCUCUCUGCGUAGAGGGUCAGCACCAUCACAAGCCAAUCAAAAAGGCUGUGAUACUGAGGUGGGUUCUGAGGUAGCUGGUCACCAAACUCCUCUCACAUCAACAGAAAAUCUACCCAUUGGGGAGUAUGUCAGUGGACAUUCUAGACUCAGGGGGCGGCGUCGAGGUUCAAUACCUUUUGAUCAUCCUGGAUUAUGCCAGCCUGGGUCGGGUGGGGGAGGUAGUUUGGGAGUUUCUGGUGGAGGCUGUGGGGCAGCUGGCUUUCCCUCAGUCUUACCACAUUAUUACCAAGAGUACCACAGGGGAUCAGGAGGCCUGGAAUUGCUCACUGGAUUAUGGAGAUCACAUUUGGAUCCAGAGAGUUCAAUGUUCAGUGAUGGUGACCUGUGUUCUCAAUCAUCCGGUGGCUUGACCCCCAGCACCCCUGGAGCAACACUUCCGUCACACCACACCUUGCCCCACACCCUCCACAGGCGUGGCUCACUGCCAAUUGACCUCUUCCACUCAGGGGACUUCAGUGUGUGGGAUUACGAGGGGACAUAGCCACUUCACUGCUCAGGCUCAGCGCUUCCGCCUCAGUCCAAUAAUUCUGCCAGCCUCCAGUGCCAACCCACAUUCUCAUUUUACUUUCACAUCCUGUCUGUGAAUCAUGUAUACUUGUGUAUUAUAAAUUUGUUACCCAGAGCAUUUUAAUAUGGAAGAAAAUUGUUGUAAUAUAGGUUCAUAUGGUAUGUCAUUGUCUAGUACUAUAUAUAUAUAUAUAUAUAUAUAUAUAUAUAUAUAUAUAUAUAUAUAUAUAUAUAUAUAUAUAUAUAUAUAUAUAUAUAUAUAUAUAUAUAUAUAUAUAUAUAUAUACUGUGUGUGUAAAAAACAGGAACACUGUGCUUCUUAUGUAUAUAAUUUUGUAGUAUUGGAACAUAAUGUUGUAUAUGUUUGUGUCCUUUCUUAAUGUGUUUAAAGAUUAAGUAUGGAAAUGUAUUUAGGUACAGUUUUAUCAUAUCUAGUUAGUGGUAAACAAAGAUAUAAUUUACUCAGUUGAAAUUAGUCAUAGGAAUGAUACAACAUUUUUGUUCAUAUAAUUGCACAAGCCUACAUAGUUAAAUGCAGUUUUCCUGUUGUUCAUGUGUCUGCUCUUGCCUGGUGAGGCAACAUCCUCUAAUUGUUAGGCUGUGACAAGCCAGCAAGGUCUGCAAGUCCAGUGAUUUUCCUGGAUCUAGAGAAGCAGUCUUCAAUUUUGGACCAUUUUUUUGUAUUAAAUAAUGCCUGAGUAAAUGUAUUCAGAUAUUUUGGUCAGAAGUUAUUUUUAUUACUGUGAAUAUAUGAGUAGAUGAUAAAAAUGUUAAUCUUCUACACAAUUAAUUAGUUUUUCAUGAACCUUAAUGGUGAAUAUAAUAUUUGUAUUAAUACUUUCUAGUUUUUAUGAUGUCAAGAGACUUGAAAAAAGCUCAAUUAAGCUCAAUUUAGUGCUGACGUCCAAUACUGUACAUUUACAAUGAAGCUUCAUCUAGACAAUCCAUGCUCCGUUUAAAUUUUGUGUGUGAGUAAAGGUCAGUAACUUUGUUUGAUUUAAAAUAUAAUUAAUGCCACAGUCUGUGUCGCAAGGAAUGCAAACUGCAUCUGAUUUCAUGUUGAUGAGAUAACUUUGAAGGUGUCUUCCUUUUCAAUUUGUCACGGUGUUGCUGUCAGUGUCACUUCUCCAAAUUAUUGGAUUUAGAUGCAUUUAUAAAGAAUCUUCAAGUAAAGGAAAACCAUAACUAUGGUUCUAAUAUAUGAAUAUAUAUAUUUGGUCGUAGGUGGCACUAAUAUAUUAUGAUUUAUGUACCACUGUAGUCAGUGUGGAAAGAUAACAAUUGAUCCUAUUGCCCCUCUUCCUUGGAGAGGGAUCAGUUACCUCUGGUGAGGAUCAAGAAAUUAUAUUCCAUCUUUCCUGCUGAGUGAUGAUGGUCCUUUCACGUAUUUAGGUGUAGAGCAGCCAUCUACUUGAAUUGUUUUCUCUAUUUUCAAAUAAAGAUAUUUUUAUUUUAUUUUCUAACAUAUCUUACUGUACUCAAAUGAAGAUUCUCAAUCACACAAAUUUUAAUAGUAGAUAUAUACAUAUGAGGCGGCAUACCUUCCAUGUUUCAUGUUGACUUUGCAUGACCAGUAGUUGUUUCAUUGAAUAGUCAGCAGUGUAGGAUGAAAAUAUUUUAAAGUUACCUAUAGUAAAAUUAUCCUAAAUUUUAUUUCUUAUCUAUUUAGGUCUUAGUUUGUUUGUUUUUGUCCUUCCAAGUGCAUUUACUGUGAUAUCCUGUAAAGGAUUUGGUCUUACUACAUUACCUGCUGCAAAAGUUUCUAAAUACUCAAUGAGACAUUAAAACUCUCAGACAAAAAACAUAAUCAAAAUCCAAGUAAUGUGUGCUUUUGUCCUCAAAAAAGCUGCCUCAUCCAAUGACUUGACAUCUUGACUGUCUUCAGGCUGUAUGUAUUUAAGAGAAAAAGUCUGUCAAAAAUUGAUGCUUAUAAUAUAACAAUGGAAAGAAUGAUGGUGGAUUUGUUGUGCACAGUAGAGGUUUAUCUUUAGGAGCUACUUUAUCCUCCCUCAAUAUAUCCUAAUGAAAUUGGGUAAUAUUGUUAUUAGUUAUAUUUUUGGUAUAAAAUAACUUCAGGUAGUUGUUUUUGAUUGGGUUAGUCUAUUUAACAACUAUUUAAUACCACAUGCAAGUGAUUUUGGCUUGAACAUAGAAAGAAAGAGUAAAUUGUUAGAUGUUUUGAAAUGAGAUGUUGUGACAAUACACUAAGUAAGAUGUGUGAUAAGUUCUUGAAACCUUGGCAUUAGAGGGUAUGGCAUACCAAUUAUGCAUAAGCCUGAAGGUUGGUGAACUGCUAUCAAGUUUUUAAGACACAAAACCUUCCUUUUAAAACAGUGAUUUUGUUGAAAGCACAAUUCUCUAAAAACAAUCAUUCAUUGACAUGUUCCAUUAUCUUCUUUCUAGAUGAACCUUACAAAUCUUAGCUUGAUUUAUAUGAACUACAGCAGUUUUGUUGUGGUUCCUUCCCAACACUGUGUCAUCUUUGAACUAUCCUUGAAGUCCUUCUGGUUCAAAUUAGUAAUGGGAUUAUGCACUCUUAACCUGAUAGCUUAUUACAACUCAAAUUGUAUUUUUGUUGUUAUAAUUACUGUAUAUACGUAUUUUAUUAUUAUAUAAUUAUUUUAUUUUAUUUUAUUUUUUUAUUCAUUUAUUUUUAUUUUUAUUUUUAUUAUUAUUAUUUUUUUUUUUUACAUUUACUUUAAUAUUUCCAACUUAUUGCUUGUUGUAGUUCAUCUACAGCAAACUCACUCCCAUGAUACAACAUGGUAGUUCCAGAGGGCAUCAGUAUAGAUAAGACAUGUGCUUGGAUUUUGGCUUUAGUUGUUAUGGAAGGACUAAAGACAUCAUGGGAAAACUUUCUGAGAGCCUCAAAUCACAUCUGAAUUUCUGAAGUAGAAUGUUGAUCAAAUGUAAAGGAAAAUUCAAGAUAUUAGAAUAAAAAAAACAUUAUUUAUAUUUGUAAGCAACAAUACACCUUGCAGUGUGCCACUGAAUGGCAUAUAUCCAUAUCUUUUUACAAAAGAUUUAACUUGAAUGAGUGUUCAAAACAGCUUUUUCAGAAUUAUGGCUUGAUAAAGGUAUGCCCCCUUUUUCCCCAGAAAGGUGUCGUGAUGUGCAUAAAUUUGUAUUAGACUGAAAGAUACCCACCAGUAUUUUUCUAUACAGCUAUGAACCAAAUUUUAAUACUCUUUAAGUGAUGGACUGUUGAAGCCACAACUAAAAUAAGGCUGGGCGAUUGCAUGUACAUGAAUUAGUCCGACUGUAUGGUAAUGAGGUACAAUUGACUGGCACUUAUCAUAUGACCAAGAAAAAAAAAUCACGAAUAUUAUUUAGGACGUGUAUGACAGAUCUUUAUUUCUUGCAGAAUACUUUAGGAAUACUAUACUAUCACCAAAGGAACUGCCUCAUUUUGUCUGCCAUUAAAUUCUUAGAGCUUGAUUUGAUUAACUUUGCUGCAAUGAGUUGCCCCAGUGAUUCAUUCACAAGUAACAAGAUCUCAAGACUUCACUCAAAAUUGAUAACUUUGCGAGCCACACAUCAACCUGGCUUUGGCUGUCUAGCACAAUGGGUAUCAGGAUUUUGGAUGACAGCUGUGUGUAGUUGUGAAAAAGUGGAGAAUAUUAUUAUUAUUAUUAUUAUUAUUAUUAUUAUUAUUGUCCUUAGUUGUCAGUGUUAUUAGUUUUCAUUAUUUUAGCACUCUGUAGGGAUUUUAGCUUGGUAUAUAGAUAAAUAAUCAGUUAUACCUUUAUUUUUAUACAUUAUUUUUAUUUUAUUAUUUUUUCAUGUACAUCAUCACCAUCAUCAUCACCAUCAUUAUUAUAAUAUCAUACCAUCAUCAUCAUCAUUAUUACCAUCAUCGUUAUAUCCCUCUCUCCUUCUUCCUCAAAACACUCACCAUCAUCAUCCUUCUUUAUCCUCCUCUAGGGGCUUUUCAUCUUCCCAUGUGAAAAAAAGAAAAAGAAAACAGGAUUUUUUUUUUUCUCAGAUUUGUUGUUUUGUUUUCCUUAUCUUUCAUUUAUUCAUUAUCAUUCUUCUUGGACACCAUCUUGGUCAUGCAGGAUAUGGCAAGCUGCUUGAAAACUACAUACCUUUUUCUUUCACCUUAUUGCCACUCCUAUUCUUAUUCUCAGAAUUUUUAUUUUAUUAUUGUUGUUAUUGUUGUUGUUAAGAAAUGUUCAGAAUGGUUGAGGGAAUCAAAAUUGUACAGCACGAUAGAAUGUGUAUUUGUAUCUAUUAUGUAGAUUACAUGAUACAGUAGACAUGCAAGUUUGUAUGGAUCAUGAGUGCUAAUUGGUUUUUAUCAUGUAGCUAUGCAAGAUGUUUUAUAAUGAA